AUGAACUGGCUCCUCUCGACCUACUGUGUGUGUUGACUCGGUGGUAGCUGCUUAUUCUUACAAGGAAAUUGCCUAGAACUGCUUUAAGCUGUUGUUUUUAAGGUACCGUGCAUGUCGGAAGGCAUCUGUAAGUAGCCUUGUGAAUUAAAACCUCUGUUAAUUGAUAAAUUGACUCAACGCAGCACUUCAAGGUCAAAACAUAUCAUUAGCUCGAAAUUUACGGGCCAAAGGAUUUAACGCAAGCUGUAGUUGAAUUUAUACCUGCAUAAUCGUUGACCCACGAACUAUCAGAGACAUCGAAUUAAGAAUAAUAAUAUCGCUCUACAAAACAUUUUACUAACAUGACUUGUAAGUUAACCUCUGUUGGGGUUUUAUGGGCGCUUCUAUCGGUCCUGAGCGCUUUAAUGUGCUGUGCAGCGUAUUAUCUUCCCUACUGGAUCAAAGGGAUCAUGUUCAACACUACAGUUUAUUUUGGCGUCUUUAGACGAUGUAAUUACUUGGUAAAGGGUAAAGAUGGGAUGACUUAUGUGCAGCAUGGAUGUGGAAGGUAUGCUACGUUUAAUGAUAUUCCUUCAACGGCUUGGAGGGCUUGUACCGUGUUAAUUGGACUAGCCUGUGGUCUCUUGCUUCUCGUUUGCCUCACUGCUAUCAUCUCGUGUUGUGCAAAGGACAUCAUUACAAGAACCUCGGCMAAAGUUGCUGGAUUUAUUCAGUUUSUUGCAGCCUUUUUGCUGUCCAUCUCCUUGGCUGCCUACCCCUCAGGAUGGGGUCAUGCUGAAGUCAAACAAGCCUGCGGUAACAAUGCCGAUUCCUACAAGAUGGGUGAUUGUACCUUCAGCUGGGCAUUCUAUGUCAUGGUCUUUGGURCGUUCCUGACUUUUGUCUGUGUUGGAUUAUCUGUUAAAGCUGGUGAUCCUCCAUCAACUUCUCAGACGCCACGGCCGGGGAAUCACAUCACAGUGAAUUACUCGGUGUAGUAGUCACUGCACCGUCUCACUAGAUUGACUUGCUUGACAUUCCUGUUUGUCACAGGAUCAAUAUAUAUAGACUCAAACAAUACAAAGGUCAUUCCUUAUCAUCAUGUACUAACAAAUGAAUGUAAUAUUUAAAAGGUUAUUACUCRAACAUUUUCUGAUUAGCCCGAAAUCAGUAGCUAGCGGCGUGGCUGGAGGUGGCAUGAAAAGAAGCUCAAUGGAUACCCUUCAAAGAUCUUUCACUCGUAGCGACCGGCAUUAUCUUCCCGACUGAUGUCACAGGGGCGUAGCCAGGAUCUUCCGAAUGGUGGAGGYGCAAAUUCAAAAAUCCGCCAUUUUGUUGUCACGAGGGGGGUCCCCUGGCCCGCCCUGCCUACGCCCCUGAGCUAACCUUUGAUGUUUGUUACUGUCGAAACUGUUGAUGUUAACGGCGUUUCGCUUGAAUCGGGGAAAUCCGAUAUGUCCUCCCGUGGAACUAGCUUCUUUUUCAACCAUAACCAUUUAACCUUUUUUGAAGUCAGCUAAGCCUUUACUUGGUGGCGUAUGAACUUUCAAGUUUGGAGAUUUACAGCAAUCGAAGGCCUUUGUCAAAUAGCUUUACAAACAGCUUUAGUAAAAUGUGCACUAUGGUGAUGAACAGCUAAACUUUACUAAUGACGAAGAAUAMUAUCAGUUAAGUACAAAACGAGGCUUUAGCGAAAGAGAACGAGAUUAAAAGGUAGUCCAAACCCUUACUUGUAUCUGUACUUCCAUCUCAAGCUUGAACACGAAAACCGAGGGGAUAAAGAUA